AACCCUUUCAUUUCAGCCAGUUUUCUAAUAAUUCUUCACUUACUCUCCCUUCAAGGAAUUCCACAAGUACUCUAAAAACUCCUUGUUUUUACAUUCCAAAGCUCUUCGAUUUUUUUUUUUCUCUCUCUACAUUCGAGAAAGUUCUAGGGUUUCUUCUUCAAAAAAUGAAUUAUCUUAUAUUAAGGCGGUGAUCGCCGCUAAUUAUUAAUUAUCUCAAAGAUCGCACAUUGAUUCAUCAUCAUCAUGUUCGAAGCACAUGUUCUGCAUUUGCUUCGAAGAUAUCUUGGUGAAUAUGUCCAUGGAUUGUCGGCAGAGGCAUUGAGAAUCAGCGUAUGGAAAGGUGAUGUGGUUCUCAAGGACUUGAAAUUGAAGGCAGAGGCUUUGAAUUCGCUGAAACUACCAGUUACUGUCAAAGCUGGUUUUGUUGGAACCAUAACUCUGAAGGUUCCUUGGAAAAGUCUUGGCAAGGAGCCCGUCAUUGUUCUUAUUGAUAGAGUCUUCAUUUUAGCUCAUCCUGUUGAUGAUGGAAGGUCUCUUAAGGAAGAAGACCGGAAGAAACUUUUCGAGGCAAAACUUCAACAAAUAGAGGAAGCAGAAUCAGCCACCCUCGAGGCAUUAUCAAGAUCAAAGUUGGGAAGUUCCCCUGCUGGAAAUUCUUGGCUUGGGUCAUUAAUUGGUACUAUAAUUGGAAAUCUCAAGAUUUCAAUUAGCAAUGUCCAUGUCAGAUAUGAGGAUUCUGUCAGCAAUCCUGGACAUCCAUUUUCUUGCGGUGUUACUCUUGCAAAGCUUGCAGCAGUUACGAUGGAUGAACAAGGGAAUGAAACCUUUGAUACAAGUGGUGCUUUGGAUAAAUUGCGUAAGUUGGUGCAACUUGAAAGGCUUGCCAUGUACCAUGAUUCAAACAGCAAGCAAUGGAAGUUGGACAAUAAAUGGGAGGAUCUUACUCCAAAAGAAUGGAUUGAGAUAUUUGAAGAUGGUAUUAAUGAACCUUCAAAUAAGAGUAGAAAUUUAUCUGGAUGGGCUGAAGAUCGCAACUACUUGGUGUCACCAAUUAAUGGAGUCCUCAAGUACCAUCGACUGGGAAAUCAAGAAAGAAAUGAUCCUAAUGUUCCCUUUGAGAUGGCUUCUCUGAUCGUCAGUGAUGUAUCUUUGACAGUUAAUGAGGUUCAAUAUCAUGAUUGGAUAAGACUUAUGGAGGUCAUUACAAGAUAUAAGACAUACAUUGAAGUUUCUCAUUUGAGACCAAUGGUGCCUGUUUCAGAGGAUGUCAGUACUUGGUGGCGUUAUGCUGCUCGUGCAGGAUUGCAGCAGAGGAAAAUGUGCUAUAGAUUCUCAUGGGACCAAAUUCAGGCCCUAUGUCAUCUUCGUCGGCGUUAUGUACAAUUAUAUUCUGAUUCAUUGCAACAGCUGCCGAAUGUUGAUACCUCAGAGAUCAGAAACAUUGAGAAAGAUCUUGAUCCUAAGGUUAUUUUAUUAUGGAGGUUUCUUGCUCAUGCAAAGGUUGAAUCUUUGAAAUCAAAGGAGGCAGCUGACCAAAGAAUGCUUAGAAAGAGAAGCUGGUUUUCUUUUGGAUGGAAUACAGCUACUGCAGAUGUGUCUGCAGGGGACACUUCUGAAGAAGCAGAGGACCAAUUGACUCGGGAGGAAUGGCAGGCAAUCAAUAAAUUACUUAGUUACCAACCAGAGGAGGAAUCGGUGCUGCAGCAUGGAAAGGAAAAUAUGAUCCAGUAUUUGUUAAAUGUUUCUAUCAGUAGGGCAGCCGCAAGGAUAAUUGAUAUAGAUCAUACAGAGAUUGUUGGCGGUAGAUUUGAAAAUCUGUGUGUGUCUACAAAGAUAAAGCAUCGAAACUCCCACUGCGAUCUGACACUGAAAUUUUAUGGAUUGUCCGCUCCUGAGGGUUCCCUUGCCCAGAGUGUUGUUAGCGAGCAGAAAGUGAAUGCUCUAGAAGCUAGUUUCAUACAAGCACCUUCUGGGGAAAAUGUUGACUGGCGUCUAUCUGCAAGAAUCUCUUCUUGCGAUGUCACGGUUUUCAGGGAAACCUAUGACCGGUUUUUAGAAUUUAUGAAAAGGAGCAGUGCUGUUAGCCCUGCUGUAGCAUUAGAAACUGCAACUGUGUUACAGAAAAAUAUUGAAAAGAUGACUCGCAGAGCUCAGGAGCAAUUUCAGAUGGUACUCAAGAAGCAAAGCAGAUUUUCCCUUGAUAUUGAUCUCGAUGCUCCAAAAGUCAGAGUUCCUAUUAGACCACAUGGCUCCUUGCAAUGUGAUAGCCAUCUUCUGUUGGAUUUGGGUCAUUUUACUUUAAAUACCAAGGGUGAUGGCCUGCUGGGUGAUCAGAACCAAAGUUUGUAUUCUCGUUUCUAUAUCUCUGGAAGGGACAUAGCAGCUUCUUUCACAGACUGUGGUUCUGAUAGUCAGGAGUGCAGUUUGUCAUGUCAGCCUUCGGCAUGUCAUAACCUGGAAGAUUCCAAGAACUUAUGCUCUCUUGUUGAUAGGUGUGGAAUGGCUGUUAUUGUGGAUCAGAUUAAGGUGCCUCAUCCCGGCCAUCCAUCAAUGCGUGUUUCUGUUCAAGUUCCUAAAUUUGGCCUUCACUUUUCACCGGCAAGAUAUCGCAGACUGAUGGAGUUGUUAGACUUACUCUACCGAACAAUGCCAGAUACCGAGCAGCCUGCUAUUGAAACUCUCCCACCAGAAUAUGCCCCAUGGUAUCCCCCUGAUCUUGCAACUGAGGCUCGGAUCCUUGUUUGGAAGGGGAUUGGCUACUCAGUUGCUUCAUGGCAACCAUGUUAUCUUGUGUUAUCUGGUUUAUAUCUUUAUGCCUUGGACUCUGAGGUCUCCCACAGUUAUCUUAGAUGCUCCAGUAUGGCCGGUAAGCAAGUACAUGAAAUUCCGCCUGCAAACAUCGGAGGUUCCUUUUCCUGUAUCAGCAUCAGUGCCAGAGGCAUGGAUCUGCAGAAGGUUCUGGAGUGCUCUAACACCAUGAUAAUUGAGUUCCGUGAUGAGGAGAUGAAAGCUACUUGGCUGAGAGAACUUACAAAAGCCACUUAUCGAGCUUCUGCUCCUCCUCCUAUCGACAUACUUGGAGAACUAGGUGAUGGUGUAAUGGAAAUUGCCGAAUCUCAAGCUGUCAAUGCUAGGACAGCAGAGCUUGUUGUUAAUGGAACGCUGAUUGAAAUGAAGUUAUCAAUAUAUGUAAAGGCUGUUGAUGAUCUGGCAGAGAGACUUGAUGAGACACUACUUCUUGACGUUCUUGCUGCUGGUGGAAAGGUGCGUGUACUGCAUUCAGAAGGUGACUUGGCAGUAAAGAUGAAGCUGCACUCUUUGAAAAUUAAGGAUGAACUUCAAGGUUCUUUAUGUUCGGCUCCCCAAUAUCUGGCUUGCUCUGUUUUAAUGGAUCAUGGUGCUGCCAGCUGCCCUGACCCCUUAGAACCUCAUGGGAAAGAGCAACCUUUGGCGGUAAUUGAAGAGGAUGAUAUUUUCAAAGAUGCCUUGCCAGAUUUCUUGUCCUUUACCGAUCCUAUUGAAGCUACGACCCCUGAGAAGGAGCUAUCAAGGGGAAGAAGUCUUGCUAGUGAUAUUUUCUAUGAGGCACGGGGGUCUGAUGACUCUGAUUUUGUCUCUCUAACAUUUACAACGCGGCAUCCUGAUACUCCUGACUAUGAUGGCAUAGAUACGCAGAUGAGUAUUAGUAUGUCGAAGCUGGAAUUCUUUUGCAACAGACCUACUCUUGUUGCUUUGAUCGAUUUUGGCUUUGAUCUGAGUUCAGGAAAUAACAUGGUAACUAGUAAAGAUCUCCCGAAAGAUCCCGAUGAAUCUUCAGUGAUCAAAGAGAAAACAGAAGAACUGGGCCAUACUCAUGUCAAAGGGUUGCUUGGUCGCGGAAAAGAACGUGUUGUGUUUUUCCUAAACAUGAAUGUUGACAGUGUUACAGUGUUCCUCAAUAAGGAGGACGGUUCUCAGCUUGCUAUGUUUGUGCAAGAAAGUUUUCUGCUGGAUAUUAAGGUUCAUCCAAGUUCUACUUCCAUAGAAGGAACCCUUGGGAACUUCAGGCUAUGUGAUCUAACACUUGGCUCAGACCAGCGAUGGGGUUGGCUAUGCGAUAUUCGCAAUCAAGGCGCUGAAUCACUCAUUCAGUUUGUAUUUAAGUCUCAUAGUACAGGAGAUGACGAUUAUGAAGGAUAUGACUACAGCUUGCGUGGUCGGCUUUCAGCAGUUCGUAUAGUUUUCCUUUAUAGGUUUGUUCAAGAGAUUACUGCGUACUUCAUGGAGCUUGCAACUCCCCAUACUGAGGAAGCUAUUAAACUCGUUGAUAAGGUUGGGGGGAUUGAAUGGUUGAUUCAGAAAUAUGAGGUUGAUGGCGCCUCUGCAAUAAAGCUGGACCUUUCACUCGACACCCCACUUAUAAUUGUCCCAAAGAAUUCCAGAAGUGAAGAUUUCAUGCAACUUGAUCUUGGCCAUCUGCGUGUCCAAAAUGAAUUUUGUUGGUUUGGCUUUCCUGAAAAAGAUCCUUCAGCUGUCCAUCUCGAUAUUCUUGAUGCAGAGAUUCUGGGGAUUAACAUGGCUGUGGGAAUUAAUGGAUGUAUAGGCAAACCAAUGAUACGUGAAGGCAGAGAUAUACAUGUUUAUGUUCGGCGCAGUUUGCGAGAUGUUUUCAGGAAGGUCCCAACAUUUGUUCUGGAAGUAAAGGUUGGAUUGUUGCACGGCAUGAUGUCAGAUAAAGAAUAUAAUGUCAUUCUUGAUUGUUUCUACAUGAAUUUCUCAGAGAAUCCGACACUUCCACCUAGUUUCCGCAGCAGCACAUCUGCUUCAAAAGAUACAAUAAAAAUGCUAGCUGAUAAAGUGAACGUAAACAGUCAAAUACUCCUAUCACGAACGGUUACCAUAAUGGCUGUGGAAGUGGGCUAUGCCUUGUUGGAGUUGUGGAAUGACGCUCAUGAGGGGUCAUGCUUGGCUCAUGUUGCGCUUGAAGAUCUUUGGGUGUCAUACCGAAUGACAUCAUUAUCUGAGGCUGACCUUUACAUUACUAUCCCAAAGUUCUCUGUUUUAGAUAUUCGCCCAGAUACAAAGCCUGAAAUGAGGCUGAUGCUUGGGUCAUGCAUUGAUGCUCAUCGACAGAACUCUCCUGAAACCGAUGUUGACUUUCCAACUUCAACAAUGGUUGUGAUGGACUGCAGAUGGAGAUCAGCUUCCCAAUCAUUUGUUCUUCGGAUACAGCAGCCUCGUAUUCUUGUUGUACCAGACUUCUUACUAUCUGUUUGUGAGUUUUUCGUGCCAUCUUUGGGAGCACUGACUGGUAGAGAGGAGAUCAUGGAUCCCAAGAAUGAUCCAAUUAGUAAAAACAACAGCAUAAUCCUGUCCGCUCCUCUUUAUGAGCAGAAAGAGGAUUUAGUAUUAUUAUCUCCCAAUAGACAGCUAGUUGCGGAUGCUAUAGGGAUUGAUGAAUACACCUAUGAUGGUUGUGGAAAAACAAUACGCCUGACUGAUAAGGUGGAAGAGAAGGGGCUUCAUUCAUCAGGAAUACAACAUAUUAUCAUUAUUGGUCGUGGCAAGAGGCUGAGAUUUGUGAAUGUGAAAAUUGAGAAUGGGUUGCUUUUAAGGAGAUAUACUUACCUAAGCAACGAAAGCAGCUACUCGGUCUGCCAAGAAGAUGGUGUUGAUGUAACCAUAUCUGACAGUAAUUCUGACAAUGAUGAAAGUAUGAAGUCCAUGGAUGAAUUGUUGUAUAAUUCAGAUGCUUCUGACUUUGACCCGAAUGGAUCAAGUAAAAUACAAAGUUACAGUUUCGAGGCCCAGGUUGUUUCUCCUGAGUUCACAUUUUAUGAUAGUAGUAAGUCAUCUUUGGAUGACUUUGCUCAUGGUGAAAAACUCCUCCGGGCGAAAAUGGACCUUAACUUCAUGUAUGCAGCAAAAGAAAACGACACAUGGAUCCGGGGACUGGUAAAGGAUUUAACUGUUGAGGCUGGUUCUGGUCUUAUUAUUCUUGACCCAGUUGAUAUAUCUGGCGGAUAUACUUCCGUUAAGGAUAAAACAAAUAUUUCUUUAUUGUCAACGGAUAUAUGUGCCCACCUUUCUCUUGGUGCUGUCUCCCUUCUACUCAAUUUGCAGAAUCAGGCGACUGCUGCUUUACAUUUUGGGAGUGCUGAUCCCCUGUUGCCAUGUACUCAGUUUGAUAGAAUUUGGGUUUGUCCCAGAGAACAUGGGUGUCUUAACAACCUCACAUUCUGGAGGCCCAGAGCACCUUCGAACUAUGUUACUCUGGGAGAUUGUGUCACAUCGAGUCCCAAUCCUCCUUCACAAGCAGUUGUUGCUGUGAGCAAUAUGUAUGGGCGUGUUAGGAAGCCACUUGGCUUCAGGAUGAUAGGUUUAUUUUCUGACAUUCAAGGAUCUGAGAAGGCGCAAGAUGUUGAUGAUUGUUCUCUUUGGCUGCCCAUUGCCCCACCUGGAUAUGUCGCUAUGGGUUGUGUUGCUCAUAUAGGAACACAACCACCUCUUAAUCACAUAGUUCAUUGCAUACGUUCUGAUCUGGUAACAUCAACGAAGCUUUUGGAAUGUAUCUUCAGCACUGCUGCUAAUACUACACUCACACCAGGUUACAGUAUUUGGCGUUUGGAUAAUGCUCUUGGGUCAUUCUAUGCCUAUGCAUCUAGUAGUCAUCCUCAGAAAAGCUGUUGUUAUGAUCUGAAUAAUCUUCUUCUUUGGAGCUCAAGCUGGUACACUUCUUCAUUAAAAGUACCUACUGUUGAUCUAACAAGUGAGAGCGAGCACCUGCAUCACCAGACAAGUAAACAGAGUGCAACUUCAUCAGGAUGGGACAUCAUCAGAUCAAUUUCUAAAGCAACCUCUUGUUAUAUUUCAACCCCAAACUUUGAGCGAAUCUGGUGGGACAGGGGUAGUGAUCUUCGACCUGCAGUCUCUAUAUGGAGACCUAUAAGACGUCCUGGUUAUGCAGUACUGGGUGACACUAUUACUGAAGGCUUAGAACCACCUCCCCUGGGUAUAAUCUUCAAGGCCGACAACCCUGAACUUUCUGCAAAGGCUGUGCAAUUUACAAAAGUUGCUCAUAUUGCGGGCAAAGGACUGGAGGAAGCUUUCUUCUGGUACCCAGUUGCUCCUCCUGGUUACGCUGCUUUGGGAUGUGUAGUAACACGUAGCAGUGAAGCACCCGAUUUGGAUAACUUUUGCUGCCCAAGGAUGGAUCUUGUUAGUCAAGCUAAUGUCCUUGAGAUGCCCAUUUCAAGAUCUUCAGGCUCCAGGGCUUCUCAGUACUGGAGCAUUUGGAAAGUUGACAAUCAGGCUUGCACUUUCCUUGCUCGCUCUGAUCUGAAAAAACCUUCUAGUAGAUUGGCAUUUACUCUUGGUGAUUCAGUGAAGCCAAAGACAAGGGACAACAUAACAGCUGACAUGAAAAUCAGAUGCUUUUCUGUGACUCUAUUGGACAGCUUAUGCGGAAUGGUAACACCUCUUUUUGAUGCAACAAUCACUAAUAUUAAGCUUGCAACACAUGGGCGACUAGAGGCAAUGAAUGCUGUUCUCAUUUCUUCAAUGGCUGUGUCCACCUUCAACACGCAAUUAGAAGCGUGGGAGCCACUUGUUGAGCCUUUUGAUGGAAUAUUUAAGUUUGAGACAUAUGAGACCAAUUUACAUCCGCCUUCCAGAGUUGGUACAAGGGUGAGAGUUGCUGCAACCAGCAUUUUGAACAUAAAUCUGAGUGCGGCAAAUCUUGAUGUAUUGGGGCAAGCUGUUGAGUCAUGGAGAAAGCAGAGAGAACUCGAGAAGAAAGCAAUAAAGAUUAAGGAAGCUCGUCGUGGGGAUGCACAUCAAGAUAAUACUAGUUUUGUGGCACUUGAUGAUGAUGAUUUUCGGAUGGUGGUGGUCGAAAAUAAACUAGGGUGUGAUAUGUACCUGAAAAAAGUUGAGCAAAACUCAGAUGCAUUUGAGUUACUGCCUCCUGAUAAUUCUGUUUCUGUAUGGAUUCCACCUACAAGGUAUUCUGAUAGAUUAAAUGUUGCCAAUGAAUCAAGGGAACCUCGCCGUUAUGCUGCUGUUCAGAUAGUUGAAGCCAAGGGUCUGCCUGUCAAUGAUGACGGCAAUAGCCAUAACUUUUUCUGCGCUUUGCGCUUGGUUGUGGAGAAUCAGGAUUCAAAUCAACAAAAGCUUUUUCCUCAGAGUGCAAGGACCAAAUGUGUGAAGCCACUAAUUACUAGAAAAGAUAACGUGGAUGAAGCCACCGCUAAAUGGAGUGAACUCUUCAUAUUUGAAGUUCCUUUGAAGGGGCUGGCAAAACUGGAAGUAGAGGUGACAAACCUUUCUGCAAAGGCCGGAAAAGGUGAGGUUGUUGGUGCGUCGUCAUUUUCUGUUGGACAUGGUCCAAGUGUCUUAAAGAAGGUUGCUUCACUCAGAAUGCUACAUCAGGUGUCUGACGUUGAAAACUUUGGAUGUUAUCCUCUACGAAGAAGGGGUCAACUUAACAGUAAUGACACAAAUUCUUGCGGCUGCCUUUUUGUCUCAACGUCUUACUUUGAGAAGAAAACGGUAUUAACCUAUGAAAAUGACGAGGGAGAAAAGACUGGUGCUAGUGAUAUAGGGUUUUGGGUAGGACUUACACCUAAAGGUCCAUGGGAGAGCAUCCGCUCCUUCCUACCCAUGUCAGUGGUUACCAAAACAUUGGGAGAUGAUUAUGUGGCUUUGGAGGUUGUCACCAAAAAUGGAAAAAAGCACGUAAUUUUCCGGGCUCUUGCUACAGUUAGCAAUGAUUCAGAUAUCACAUUGGAUAUUUCAUCAUGUCAUGAGUCCAUGAUUCAUACUCAAAAUCUGUCUUCAGAAGGUAGAAAUUAUAGCAUAUUUGUUGAUGAGAUUUUUGAGAAUCAGCGGAAUCAUCCAGUUUCUGGUGGAAAUGACCCAAGGCGGUGGAGCACUAGGGAUUUUGCCUAUUCCUCAAAUGACUUUUUUGAACCUACCCUACCUUCUGGGUGGAAAUGGAUAUCGUCUUGGACUGUUGACAAAUCUCAGUUUGUUGACAUUGAUGGAUGGGCCUAUGGACCUGAUUUUCAAACCUUGAGGUGGCCACCAAACUCUCCCAAGUGUAGCACAAAGUCAGCUCACAAUAGUGUUCGUCGAAGACGUUGGACUCGUACAAGGCAGCAAGUUAAGGAGAGAGGUGCAAAUAACACAGACAAAAUUGUUACUAGUCCUGGUUCUUCGGCUAUCUUACCUUGGAGAUGCAUCUCCAAGAGCUCUAACCACUGUUUACAAGUCCGUCCAUGCCUUGGUUAUUCUCAGACUCCUUAUUCAUGGGGUUGUCCUAUUGCUGUGGGCUCUGCCUUUGCCUUGGGUAAGGACCAAACACCUAUUGAGAGCAGUACACUUUCUCGACAAAAUACUGGAAGGCAUGGAAACAAGAUACCUAUUUCUGCACUGAAACUAAACCAGCUUGAGAAAAUGGAUCUACUUUUAUGUUGUCCUGGUGGCAGUGGUAAGCAGCUUUGGCUCUGUGUUGGGACAGAUGCAUCAGUUCUUCAUACAGAGCUAAAUGCCCCCGUUUAUGAUUGGAAACUUUCAAUUAGUUCUCCCUUGAAGUUGGAGAAUCGGCUUCCUUGUGGAGCUGACUUUACGAUCUGGGAAAAAUUAAAAGAUGGCAACACUGUAGAGCGACAUCGGGGUUUUAUGGCAUCACGAGAGACUGUGCACAUAUAUUCUGCUGAUGUGCGGAAUCCUAUAUAUCUGAUGUUAUUCGUUCAAGGUGGUUGGGUUAUGGAAAAGGACCCUGUACUCAUCUUGGAUCUUACGAGUAACAAUCAUGCGUCAUCAUUUUCUAUGGUUCACCAGCAAAGGAAAAGGAGGUUGCGCGUCAGUGUUGAACGUGACAUGGGAGGAACUACUGCUGCUCCUAAAACUAUACGGUUCUUUGUUCCAUAUUGGAUUAGCAAUGACUCGUUCUUGUCUUUGGCUUAUCAAGUUGUGGAAAUUGAGCAAUUGGAAAGCUCAGAUGUAGAUUCAAUUUCUCUCUCCAGAGCAGUUAAAUCAGCUAAACUAGCACUGAAAAAUCCCCCUACUUCAGUGAGUAGACAGGUUGGUGCAAGGAAAAACAUUCAAGUACUUGAAGUUAUUGAAGAUUUGAGUCCAACUCCCAGCAUGCUUUCUCCACAACACUAUGUUGGCCGCAGUGGUGCCAUGUUGUUCUCAUCGCGUAAUGAUGCCUAUCUUUCAUCACGGGUGGGCAUUGCUGUCGCUCUUCAGAAUUCUGAGAACUUCAGUUCUGGGAUAUCUCUUCUUGAGCUGGAAAAGAAGCAACGUGUUGACGUCAAGGCCUUUGGUGUGGAUGGAUUUUAUUACAAGCUUUCGGCGGUGCUGCGCAUGACUUCAGACAGAACAAAGGUUGUGCAUUUUCAACCACAUAGCUUAUUCAUCAAUAGGGUUGGAUGUAGUGUGUGCCUGCGUCAGUGUGAUUCUCAGUCAGUAGAAUGGAUUCAUCCUACAGAUCCUCCAAAACAUUUUUCAUGGAAGUCUAGUAAAGUGGAACUCUUAAAGUUGCGGCUUGAUGGAUAUGAUUGGGGUCUACCAUUUAGUGUUGAUACUGAAGGUGUUAUGUGUAUUUGCUUGACAAAUCAGACCACUCGUAAACUAAUGCAUCUCAAGGUUGAAGUGAGAAGCGGAACAAAAAGUUCACGCUUUGAAGUUAUAAUUCGACCAAAUUCCUUCACCAGUCCUUACAGGGUCGAAAACCGUUCAUUGUUUUUUCCUAUACGUUUCCGGCAAGUUGAUGGUGCUAAUGAGUCAUGGAAAUUUCUUCCUCCCAAUGCUUCAGCAUCCUUUUCCUGGGAAGAUCUUGGUCGACGACGAUUGUUGGAAGUCAUGAUUGAUGGAUCUGAUCCUGCAGCAUCACUGACUUAUAAUAUUGAUGAGAUAUUUGAUCAUCAGCCCAUCCAUGUCUCUGGAGGACCUAGGAAAGCUUUACAUGUCAUUAUCCAAAAAGAAGAGAAAGUUAAUGUAGUCAAAAUCAGUGAUUGGAUGCCUGAAAAUGCAACCUGCACUGUUUUGAAUAGAAGUCCUUCUUUACUACCCUCUUCUGGAACUAGUUCUGUGUCACAGCAAACACUUUCUAACUCAGAGAGUGAAUUCCAUGUCAUUGUUGAGGUCGCGGAGCUUGGAUUAUCAUUUAUUGAUCAUACACCAGAAGAGAUAUUAUAUAUGUCAGUGCAGAGUCUUGUGCUCUCAUAUUCAACAGGAUUAGGGUUUGGAGUCAGCCGGUUAAAAGUAAGAAUGAGGGGUAUUCAAGUGGACAAUCAAUUGCCUUUAACUCCAACCCCAGUUCUCUUCCGACCACAGAGAGUUGGACAAGAGAACGAUUAUGUCUUGAAAUUUUCACUGACGCAGCAAUCUAAUGGAUCAUUAGAUCUAUGUGCAUAUCCAUACAUAGGUUUCCAAGGACCUGAAAAUUCUGCAUUUUUAAUUAAGAUUCAUGAACCAAUAAUUUGGCGACUUCAUGGGAUGAUGCAGCAAACCAAUCUUAGUCGAUUGUACGAUACAGAAACUACUUCAGUGUCUGUUGAUCCCAUAAUACAGAUUGGUGUUCUCAACAUAUCCGAAGUUCGCCUGAAGGUUUCUAUGAUCAUGUCCCCAACACAACGGCCAGUGGGCGUUCUUGGGUUUUGGGCUAGUCUGAUGACUGCACUUGGAAACACUGAAAAUAUGACUGUGCGGAUAAACCAAAGAUUUCUGGAAAAUAUAUGCAUGAGGCAUAGUGUUAUGAUUGGUAGUGCUAUUGCGAACAUCAGGAAGGAUCUUCUUAGCCAACCUCUCCAACUACUGUCUGGCCUUGAUAUAUUAGGCAAUGCCAGUAGCGCACUUGGACACAUGAGUAAAGGUGUUGCUGCAUUGUCAAUGGAUAAGAAAUUUAUUCAAAGUCGACAGAAACAGGAAAGCAAAGGUGUGGAGGACUUUGGUGAUGUUAUUAGAGAAGGUGGAGGAGCAUUUGCAAAGGGUCUCUUCCGAGGUGUCACUGGAAUUUUAACGAAACCUUUGGAAGGUGCCAAAGCUUCAGGAGUUGAGGGUUUCGUACAGGGUGUGGGAAAAGGGUUAAUUGGUGCUGCUGCUCAGCCUGUUAGUGGUGUUUUGGAUCUUUUGUCAAAAACAACUGAAGGUGCCAAUGCUAUGAGAAUGAAAAUAGCAUCCGCUAUUGCUUCUGAAGAUCAACUCCUUCGAAGGAGGCUGCCUCGAGUGAUAAGUGGUGAUAAUCUUGUUCGACCCUAUGAUGAGUUUAAAUCACAAGGACAGGCAAUCUUGCAACUUGCAGAAUCUGGAUCAUUUUUUGGUCAGGUUGACCUUUUCAGAGUACGUGCAAAGUUUGCCUUGACGGAUGCCUAUGAAGACCAUUUCAUGCUGCCCAAAGGAAGAAUAAUUCUUGUUACUCACCGGAGGGUUAUUCUGUUGCAACAACCUUCCAAUCUUAUUAAGAAGUUCAAUCCGGCUAGAGAUCCAUGUUCAGUUUUAUGGGAUGUCCCCUUGGAUGACCUGGCGACAAUGGAAUUGACUCAUGGAAAGAAAGAUCUUCCAAAUGGUCUCCCUUCACGGCUUAUAAUGUAUAUGCAAAGUCGAUCUCUGGAGGCAAAGGACCAAGUUCGUGUCGUAAAGUGUCAUCAUGAAUCUAAUCAAGCAUUUGAAGUUUAUUCUUCUAUCGAGCAAGCGAGGAGUGUUUAUGGACCAAGUCAUUCAAAGGCAUUGGUUAAAACAAAAGCGAUUAGACCAUAUUCUCCUUUUGCUGAUGCGGCUAGCGGUGAAGGAAUUUACACCUGGUCUCCUCAACAGAUACCUGCUUCGACUUUUGGAACCAGUGAGCAGUGAAGGAGUACACAAUGAUGGUAGCAAAAAUGAAGGAUGUUAUCACCAACUAAUAUCAUUUCAAGAAAGCUAUCAUUUUCCAUGGCUAAAAUAGCAGAAUCCUCGCAAGGUACAAGCGGCAACAAUCAGGACUAGUCAUCAUUGUCAAAGUGUAGAAAUGCAUGUAUAUAUGAUAUAUAUCUGUGUGUCAGCCUAUCAGUAGGUGUGCUAGAAGUUUUAGGAGCAGAUAGUACCCCGGAAACAUGUACAGCUUUUCUCGUCCCUUUUAAACCUAUACUUAUACUAUAAGUAGGUGGUGGCCUGAAAUCUCAUAAGCCGGAAAAAAAAACAUGCGACUAAGCUUCACCAUCUCCAUUGCUUAGUAAUUGUAUGCCUCCAGUAACCCGAAUAUUUCCUUAGAUAUACGUAGUCUAUGUAUCAAGUCAGAACUGAAAUGCUCAAUAAGGGAAAUUAUUAUAGCAAUUCCCUUCUUGUUGACGUAUUUCUCAGCAGUUGUAAGUGAAUUUCAUUUCAAGUGGAUUGUUUGUUA